AUGACAUCUGGCCAAGAGAAGGAUAUGGCAAGGGAGGAAGAGCCCACUGCACCUAUUGAGGUGGUGAACAAUGCUGCUGAUAUUGGCCUCAAUCAAGUUGAGGCAAUGGCUGACAUUGAGCUGGAAGACAUUGAGGACUUGGACCUUGGAGAUGAGGAUAACAAUGUUGAAGCCGAUAACCAUGGUGAAGCUGAUAACCAUGGUGAAGUUGAGAACAAUGAUGAAGAGGAAAACGUCGGUGAAAAGGAGAACACUGGUGCUGAAAAUAAAUUCACUGAGGGUGAAGGCAUGAGUUAUCCUAUCUCCAAGGAGAUUGUCAAGCUCCAAGCUCAAGUGUCAACUCAGAAUAUCACCAUCCUGCAGCAGCAGACGUCCAUUGAUGGACUCAAGAAGCAUAAUCAGAACCUUGAGGCUGAGUUGCGCAUUGCCACGAAAGAGCCAGCACCUGCUACGCCCGCAUCUACGCCUGUAGACGUUGCAACGGCUAUGCACCAGCCACCUCCAACCGAGACCACACCAUCUGGGUCUCUCUCGGCGCCCCUGCCUGAGUUUAUCCAUGACAAGACGAAGGUGGAGCCUUGGCUUGACCUGGUGGAUACCACCAAGACCCUUGCGAAUGUGCGUCCCGAGGCUCGCGUCACCGCGGCUUCUCGUGCAUUGGACGAGGUGGCCCGCAUGGCAGAGUAUGGCGUUAAGAAGCAGGCGCAGGGACCGUUUGAAUGGCCGGAAUUCUGCACCGCGCUGAAAGAGGCAUUCAUGGUCAAGAAGUCCGACUUGGAAUUGCGCGGACCCCUUGAGAGUAUCAAGUGCCGUGACCGUUCGGUGCAGCAAUAUGCGGUCGAGUUCGAAGUCGCAGCACGCAUGCUCCAGAAGCCCUUGUCCGAUGAGGAGAUGAUGCACACCUUCAUGAAAGGCCUUCCUGUCAAGCUGCAGCAGGCACACGUGACUGGUGGCAUGACCAAUUGGACGACUUACAAGGAGAUGAAGGAGCAGGUGAUCAAAACUGACAACAUCAUUCGCACGUGCAUUUAUGGUACCGAAAAGCCAGACCAGCAGCCUCGUGCUGAAGGCUCUGGUGGUCAUGGGAACUGA